GCUUUCCUCUGAUGCAUUUUUCCAUGCCCCAAGUCUCUCUGAAACCAACAAGACUGGGGUUAUGAAGUCAGUCCUAGAUGGCCUCGCAGAUACAACUUUCCGAACAAUCACAACAGAUCUCCUUUACGUGGGCUCCAACGAUAUCCAGUACGAAGACAUGAAAGGCGACAUGGCAUCCAAGCUGGGAUACUACCCCCAGAAGUUCCCUCUCUCUUCCUUCAGGGGUGAUCCUUUCCAAGAAAAAAUGACUGCAGGAGAUGAUCCCCUGUUGAGUAUUAUUCCCUCAGAUCAGGUCAACAUCACAGAGUUUUACAACAAGUCCCUGUCCACGUUUAAGGAUAAUGAGGAGAACAUACAGUGUGGGGAGAACUUUAUGGAUAUGGAGUGCUUUAUGAUCCUGAACCCGAGCCAGCAGCUGGCCAUCGCUGUGCUGUCACUCACCCUGGGCACUUUCACAGUCCUAGAGAACCUCCUUGUCCUAUGCGUCAUCCUCCACUCUCGAAGCCUCCGGUGUAGACCCUCCUACCAUUUCAUCGGCAGCCUGGCUGUGGCUGAUCUCCUGGGCAGUGUGAUUUUUGUCUACAGUUUUGUGGAUUUCCAUGUUUUCCACCGGAAGGACAGCCCCAAUGUCUUCUUGUUCAAACUGGGUGGAGUUACAGCCUCCUUCACCGCAUCUGUAGGUAGUCUUUUCCUCACGGCAAUAGACCGGUACAUAUCUAUACACAGGCCACUAGCUUACAAAAGGAUUGUUACCCGACCAAAGGCUGUUGUAGCGUUUUGUGUGAUGUGGACCAUCGCUAUUGUAAUAGCCGUUCUGCCUCUGCUUGGCUGGAACUGCAAAAAGCUCAAUUCUGUUUGUUCAGACAUAUUCCCUCUCAUCGACGAGACGUACCUGAUGUUCUGGAUCGGGGUCACCAGCGUCCUCUUGCUGUUCAUUGUCUAUGCCUACAUGUACAUACUGUGGAAGGCUCACAGCCACGCUGUUCGCAUGAUUCAGCGGGGCACACAGAAAAGCAUCAUCAUCCAGUCUACGGAGGAUGGUAAGGUACAGAUCACUAGGCCUGAUCAAACUCGUAUGGACAUCAGGUUAGCCAAAACCUUGGUCCUUAUCCUAGUCGUUUUAAUCAUAUGCUGGGGCCCUCUGCUCGCCAUCAUGGUGUACGAUGUCUUUGGCAAAAUGAACAAGCUCAUCAAAACUGUCUUUGCCUUCUGUAGCAUGCUCUGUUUGCUGAAUUCCACAGUGAAUCCCAUCAUCUACGCUCUGAGGAGCAAGGACUUGCGACACGCCUUCCGCAGCAUGUUCCCCACCUGCGAAGGAACCGCGCAGCCCCUCGACAACAGCAUGGAGUCUGACUGCCAGCACAAACACGCCAACAACGCAGGGAAUGUGCAUAGGGCUGCCGAGAGCUGCAUUAAGAGCACAGUUAAGAUUGCCAAAGUUACCAUGUCUGUCUCCACAGACACGACUGCUGAAGCGUUGUAAGUCAGAGACUUCUCAGCCUUGUGAGAAAAGGAGAUAGUUUAAAAAAUAAAGAUUUAAAAAAUCAACAACAGAGAAAACCAAACCUGUGGCUUAAAGUGUUUGUACCCUCCUGUAAUAUUUCUUUGGUUUGUCAUUGUAAGCUGAGCGAUGAUUGUGUUAAGCACAUUACCAUCAGCCAGUUCUUCAGGUUUUGCAAUUAGGGAUUCAAGCUAGAUCUUCAAAAGUGCUUUUCUCAGCAAGUGUUUACUGAAUGAUAGUAUGUUUCCUGAAAGAACACAGAUUAAAUACCAGGUUAGCAGUGGUUCCUUUUGGGGUGUGAAGAAAAAUGGUGAAACCUAAUUGAAAACUAAUGCAUCCUAAACCAAUGCCAUUGAGUAAGAGAAAAAGCCGUGUAAUCAUGCUGUUCAUUUCAAUGUGAAGUGUAUUUCAUGUCUGUAAGUAAUAGGAGGUUUUGAUUUUUUCCAAAAGCGGCAGUGUUGAGUUUUAGAGGUUUUGUAAAACGUGUCGUGUCCUGUGAAUUGUGUGCUGUUUUAUUCCGUGUUAUUGAUAUUUGUCUGAUUAAACAAAGUGAUAAAGUAGACUUCCGUGGAAAUAAUGUGAAACGUGGUAUGUAAACCCCAUUAAAAACACUGUAUUUGAAGAAUUCCUAUGAGCUAUUUUGGAAAUUUUACACUCUUAGUGGUCUUCUGUGGACUUAGAGAAGAGGGUUUGUGUUCUUCUACUAAAUUGUUUCCCCACUACCUUUUACUUUCACACGCAUAUGAGAGUAACAGCAACAAAGGAAUAGAGGAGGAAUGUAAGAAAGGAAUGCACUGGUUCAGACUUUUAAAUACCACUGCAUUUAUACAGAAGGACGUUUAUGGUUGUACAGACUAUUGCCCUGCUAUUGGGCAUUGCGUGAAUAUGAACACUGAGAAGUGAAGGUCCUGGAUAUUGUCUCCCUUAACAUGCAACUGGUUUUUAGCUACAUGCUGGUGCUGGACCACUGAAGACAGCAUGUGUCAGACUCAAUGUGCGAUGUUAUCACUGUGCAGUCGAUGUAUACUUGAAUUGUGUCGCAUUCCUGUAUCCCAGGUUUAAGCAGAUGCAGAGCCUGAGAUGCCAAACUCCUGUCUUCACUAAAAGAGGAGGAAAUAUUGUCAGACAUUUUCUUAUUGUGUGAGCGUGUAUAUAAAUAAAUAUCUGUGUGUGU